AUGACAUCCCAUCACAACUCCCUUCGCGAUCGUCAAAUUGCGUCCAUCGAGAAGGUCUUGAACCUCAACCAUGCCUCCCCAGAAAGCGCAGAUUCACAGCACGAUGCCACUCUUGCCAAUGGUCUCGUAACCAAAGCCACUCCUAUCCUCAAUGCCGACGGCGAACCAAUCUGGAAGGUACUUGUCUUCGACAAUCUAGGAAGAGAUAUGAUUAGCAGUGUCCUCCGCGUCUCAGACUUGCGCUCUUGGGGAGUUACCAUACAUCUACCUAUCACCUCGAAGCGUCACCCCAUCCCUGAUGUUCCCGCCCUCUACCUCGUCGAACCUACCCCUGAGAACCUGAACAUAAUCGCUUCCGAUCUCGCCAACGGCCUCUAUUCCUCUGCAUACGUCAACUUUCUCUCGUCAAUAUCGAGACCUGUGUUGGAGGAUUUUGCCGCACAGAUUGCCGCAGGGGGAACAUCAGAAAGUAUCGAACAAGUCUACGACCAAUACUUGAACUUCGUUGUCAGCGAACCCAACUUGUUCAGUCUGGGCAUGGGCAAGGAUGUUUACUACACCAUGAACAGUGCGCAGACUAGCGAUGAGGAGAUCGAUGCGAAAGUCGAUCGUAUCGUUAGUGGUUUGUUCAGUGUAGCCGUGACCAUGGGUUCUAUUCCUAUCAUUCGAUGUCCAAAAGGCGGCGCAGCGGAGAUGAUUGCAGCCAAGCUUGACCGUAAACUGCGCGAUCACAUUCUGAAUGCAAAAGACAACCUUUUCUCCGGCGCCAAUGCUCGCACUAACACUGCAGCUGCCACCCCAGCUUCGCGACCUAUCCUGAUCAUUGUCGACAGAAACCUUGACCUCGUUCCCAUGCUAUCACACUCCUGGACAUAUCAAUCGUUGGUUCACGAUGUGCUCAAGAUGCACCUCAACCGCAUCACAGUUGAGUUACCAGGAGACGAUUCGGAUGCAUCCAAGCCUGCGACAAAACGAGCAUACGAUCUUAACACAAACGAUUUCUUCUGGACCAGAAAUGCAGGAGUUCCAUUCCCACAAGUCGCUGAAGAUAUCGACACCGAAUUGACCCGCUACAAGGAGGAUGCCAACGAGAUCACUAAGAAGACUGGCGCCUCCUCAAUUGAAGACCUACAAAAUGAUACUUCGACCUCAGCUCAGCAUCUCAAGGCAGCUAUCACCCUUCUGCCUGAGUUGCGCGAACGCAAGAACAUUCUUGACAUGCACAUGAACAUCGCGACAGCGCUGUUGAAGGGUAUCAAGGAGAGACAGCUAGACAAUUUCUUCCAGUUGGAAGAAGACAUCAAGAAGCAGACCAAGGCUCAAAUGCUGGAGUUGAUUACAGACUCUGACAAAGGCAAAGAACCUUUGGAUAAACUCCGAAUCUUCAUCAUCUGGUUCCUGAGCACCGAGCAGGACGUAUCUCGUGCAGACAUGGAUAAGUUCGAAGAGGCUUUGCGCGGUACUGGAGUUGACACCACACCUCUGACCUAUGUGAGACGUGUACGAGAAAUUACACGCAUGACCAUGAUCUCAUCCGCUCCCACUCAGCCUGCUCAAUCAUCAACAUCGAACGAUCUCUUCCGAGGCUUCAGCUCACUCUCCAAAGGAUUGACCGACAAGUUUAAGGAGGCUGGUAUUGGCUCGAACUUCGAAAACUUGAUUUCGGGCGUCAAGAACUUCCUGCCUGCCAACAAAGACCUGACCCUAACCAAGAUUACGGAAUCAUUGAUGGAUCCAUCCAACGCCAGCACGAGCGCGCUUCAGAAGACAGAAGGGUAUCUUUACUUCGAUCCUCGCAGUGCAAAUGCUAGAGGCACGAUGCCGCCAUCAGCGGCUCAGGCUAGAAAUCCUGGUGGCAGCAGUGUGACGCGAGGCAUUGAAGCAAGCUUCGGUCAGCGGAGACAGGGUUACAGUGAGGCUAUUGUCUUCACAGUUGGCGGUGGCAGUAUGGACGAGUACGGCAACUUACAGGACUGGGCCAAUAGGACAAGUGGACAAGGAGCAGCAGGCUCGGUGAGCAAGAAACGUAUUGUGUACGGCAGCACGGAGCUUGUCAAUGCGGAAGACUUUGUGCUCGGGGAGUUGACGAAGUUGGGCAGCGAAAGCGCAUAG